AUGAACGAUUCCUAUUUUUCUACUCCCGAAUUCAUUUCAAUUUCCCUUCACAUAAUUUCAAUUCUCGCAUUACCUCUACAAAUUUUUGGCGCCUACUGUAUCGUAUGGCGCAGUCCGAGCACUAUGAAAUCCGUGAAAUGGAGCAUGUUGAAUUUACAUUUUUGGAGUGUGAUGCUGGAUUGGUCCAUCACAAUUCUUAUCGUUCCUGUUGUACUAUUUCCAGCAGCGGCUGGUUUUGGGCUUGGAUUACUUGAUAAGCUUGGAAUAUCUCUACAGUACCAGUGCACACUUUUUACUGCAAUCAUUUGGAGUGUGUUAGUUGCAACUGUUACCGUAUUCGAAAGUCGAUAUAAUCUAAUGUAUGGACGGGAAACUUUAUGGGCCAAGUUUCGAUAUCCACUGCUGGCUGCCAAUUGGAUUUCUGCGUUUUUCUAUCCAUUACCAGCGUUUUUGGCAUUUCCAGAGCAAGCUGAAGCAUUGAAAGUUGUAAUGGAAGUUAGUUUGGAAACUAAGACUCAUAAAUAA